ACCCCGGCUGCGCUUUCGCUAGUGCCUGCGGCCCUGGGCAGCCUACUACACACGCCCAUGAGUGAGUGGCACCAGAGGCCCCUCUCCGUGUUUAGGAACUUCCUGGGCGUCAGGAACAUGGCGCCCAUCCCUGGGCGGACUCCCCCCCAUCCCCGGGCGCGAAUGGUUCGGGCCGCGCCCGCAGUGCUGCUGCCUGCUCCCUGGUUGCUGGGUUCUGGGUUUCUGGAUGCGCGCGCCGCUCACACGUCGCCUGGGCUGGCUUCCCGGGUGCGUCUGUCCGCGCGUGGUGCACCGGUAUGGCCUGGGCUGCCGGGAGUCCGGGGCCCCGGGCAUUCCUGGCCGAAGAUUGACGGGGAUCCCGGAUGCACCGAACGCCUCUGUGCCCUCGCCGAGGGGUCCAGACCUGGUGGGAAGAAGGCGCAGGGAGAGGUACCUGAGGACCCCGAUGCCUACGAGCCAAGAUGCUCAGCUUUAUAGGUGUGACCUACUCAUGUGACUUCACCUCAGUUUUGUGAUCCGUAAAAUGGACAAAAUCGAAGCUACUUCCCAGUGCUGUUGAGAGGAUUAAAUGAAACAAUGCUUGUAAAGCUCUUUGCAGGAGCGGUGCUACUCCGAUCUCCUCUCACAGGGAGCCUCGGAAGCAGGACCUGGCCGGCAGAGCAGACCCGCUGUCACCAGGGACCACAGGCAGCAUGAAGACCCCCGUGGAGCUGGCUGUCAGUGGGAUGCAGACCCUCCACCUUCAGCAACGCUGCCGGACUGGCUACCGGGUCAAGGCCAGGCCAUCAUAUGUGGAUGAGAGUCUGUUUGGCAGCCCAGCAGGCACCCGGCCCACCCCACAAGACUUUGACCCUCCCUGGGUGGAGAAGGCUAACAGAACCAGAGGCAUGGGCAAGGAGGCAUCGAAGGCCUUGGGGGCAAAGGGGAGCUGUGAGACCACCCCCUCAAGGGACAGCACCCUGACCCUCACACCAAGGAAGAAGAACAGAUACAGACUGAUCAGCCACACCCCAUCUUACUGUGAUGAGUCGCUAUUUGGCUCCAGAUCUGAGGGCGCCAGCUUCGAGGCCCCACGGAUGGCGAAGGGGGAUGCCGCAAAACUACGUGCUCUCUUCUGGACACCACCAGCUACCCCUAGGGGCAGCCACUCACCUCGCCCCAGGGAGGCCCCACUGCGAGCCGUUCACCCAGCUGGUCCCUCCAAGACAGAGCCCCGGGUGGCGGCAGACUCCCAGAAGUUAUCCAUGGAUGGGUUACGCUCGUCACACCCCCUGAGGCGGGGACUUUCCCGUUCCCUCACCCACCUGAAUCUCCCCAGCACUGGUCAUCCAGCCACCAGUGCCCCCCACACAAAUAGGCCUCAGGAUCCCAGGCCUUCCACAUCAGGGGUGACCUUCCGGAGCCCCCUAGUGACUUCCAGGGCUCGCUCAGUCAGCAUUUCAGUGCCAGCUACCCCACGGCAAGGUGGGGCCACCCAGAAACCAAAGCCCCCUUGGAAAUGAUACUCUUUCAUCAGGGUUGCCUAUGGGGCCACGGCGAGAGGUGUGACCCCUUGUCAGGGUCCUCUGGGAGGACAUUCAUCACCCAGGGAACCCUAGGUAUUGAAGAAGCCCCAGUAGGGACAGACAGACAGCAGGGGCGGGCAGAGUGCCUCCCUUUAUCCUGACAAUCUCUACUCGCUUCUUGCCUUUUUCUCCCCUGAUUGCAGAUUUGGGGGCUGCCUUGAAGAUGUCUCACUCCAGCCCUGUCUCAACCACACUCCAAAUUAGUGCCAACCCAGGGACCCAGCACCUCCCACAUCAUCCAUUGUCUUGCUGCCAAGUGCAAAUAAACGGUGCGAUUGCCAACCUGGAGGUCCCCUCCCCUCCCUUCAAGCCACGCUUCGUGCUCAGGAUUAGUUUCCAACUGAGUCUGAAAGCCUUAGAGGAGUUUUCCCAGGCUGUGUGUGAAGCCUGGGGAACACAAGGGCAACUGGGAGAUUUGUGAGUGAACACUUUCAUCUUAAUAUCGUUCUGUAUUUAUUUUCAUGUACUAAAUAUAUCAGCUCAUCAAAGCCA